AUGGUCUCCUUCAGAUUCGCGUCCGCUCUCGCAGCGGCUUCCAUUGUCGCCAUGGCCUCUGCCGAUACUGGCACCCCAACCAUCAAGAACCCCAUCACAACACCCACCGUCACAAAGCCCGCCAGUGCCAUGACCAGCAUCGGCUGCUUCGAGACUGGCCUACCACUCGAGAACCACGGCUCUUACAACUUCCAAUCACCGGGCAACUGCCAACUGGUCUGUCUGCAACUCGACAAGGACGUCAUGGGUUUGUCCGACGGUGAAAACUGCUGGUGUGGAGACGAAAUUCCUGCCAAAGAAUGGCAAGUCAAGAACGAGACAUGUAGCACCACAUGUUCUGGUGAUGACACCACUGGCUGUGGUGGUAAGAAUCUUCUGUGGGUUGUCCUCACCGGCAACACCAGGAACCAAGUCGACUACUUUCAGCCAUCAUCAUCAUCCAGCAGCAGCUCAUUAGCACCAAAGACAUCGAGCACUGUGCCAUCAUCCACUGCCGUUGCCAGUGCCACCGCCGUUCCGGUUCAGCCACCUCCACAGGACGACAAGCCCAACACAGUCGCCAUCGCAGUAGGCGUCGUUGUCGGAAUACUAGGACUGGCAGCCAUUCUGUUCGGUGUUUGGUUCUUGUUGCGCCGGAGACGUCAACAACAGGCUGAAGAAGACUACCGUCGCAACGCCGCCAAUGUUAACUCGUUCGUUGGCAGUGGCAAGCUGCACACGAGCAAUUCGUCCAUGAAUGACUCUCGUCUGGACCCGAGCUUCAUGGACCGAAGGCAGAGCAACGGCAGUAUCGCAGAUAACGAAGACUACUCGAGGCGGAUAUUGAAGGUGACCAAUGUAUGA